AUGGCACCGCAAGAGCAGAAAAGCAGUGCAGAGGCAGAACCUGGACAAUUCUGUCCAAUUGAGGCGCAGUUCAACGUAGACAAAAUACGCACGAAUUCAAGCUGUAGCUCGGCUCAAACGGCAUCAAGCAUUACUCCGCUUGUAUCAGAAAGAGAUUUGAAGAAUCUGGGUGCGACACGCACGCAGUCAAACAUUCCGGGGAAGCAAGCCAGAUGGAUGUAUCCCUCGGAGCGACAAUUCUACCGCUCAACACUUGCAAAAGGGCACAAAGUGGAAGCCAAGGUAAUACCCACAGUUGUCCAAAUACACAAUGCUAUCAACGAAAAGGCAUGGGAAAGGAUCAUUGAGUACGAGGAUUUACACGCCGAACAGUGUCAGAAUCCUGUUCUGGCACAUUUCAUUGGGAAGAAGGACGAAAUAUCGUUACGAGCGAGGAUCAAACAUUUCAUGGGUUACAAACUACCGUACGACAGACAUGAUUGGACUGUCGACAGAUGCGGGAAGCUCGUCAGGUAUAUUAUCGACUUCUAUGAAGGGCAUGCGCCAAAUAACGAGCCUAUCGCGGUCUACAUAGACGUCAGGCCAGAGCUGAGCUUCAGCGGGGUCAUAGACAGGUGCCGAUUAUGGUUCAAACGCAAGUUUGGAUGA